AUGCGCUCCUUAACGGGACUGGCUGCCAUUGUCGGGGCGGCAAGUGUCUACCUCUACCUGCUGUCCACGCAUCUUCCCCCGGGACCCAAGCAGCUCCAGCCUGGCUCCCAAGGGGAGCACGAGGAGGUCCAGGAGUACAGGCUAAAGUUCCCAUCUGACCUGGACGAGCUACGGGAGCUUGCAGAGAUGCUCAAGUUUUACAAAAGACAACAUUACGCCUAUGUUCUGUUGCUCUUCUGUAGCGCAUACCUGUACAAACAGUCUUUUGCCAUACCUGGCUCCUCCUUUCUGAACAUGUUAGCUGGUGCAAUAUUCGGGCCCUGGGAGGGUCUGGCGUUGGCCUGCAUGCUCGCCACCACAGGCUCCACGUUCUGCUUCCUGCUAUCUGCAGCAUUUGGAAAGCAGUAUGUGGUGUACCUCUUCCCUGAGAAGGUGGCCCUGCUGCAGAGGAAGGUGGAGGAAAACCGCAGCAGUUUGUUCUUUUUCCUCCUUUUCCUUCGUUUCUUCCCUAUGACUCCUAACUGGUUCCUUAACAUCACCUGUCCUGUUCUCAACAUCCCUAUGCAUAUUUUCUUUUUCUCCGUGUUCAUAGGUUUGAUCCCCUACAACUUCAUAUGUGUUCGCACCGGAGCCAUCCUCUCAGAGAUCUCCUCACUGGAUGACAUAUUCUCCUGGGGGACGCUGGCUCAGCUCCUCGCCAUCGCCCUCGUGGCCCUCGUACCCGGAGCACUGAUUAAACAAUACAGCAAAGGUCGCCUCAAAGUGGAUGGCAUGGAUAGCAACGGAAUCAGUGAGACUGAUAUGAAGCAGGAACGGAAGAGGCGAUGA